AUGGUUGUCGAUAUAUUAUGUGAUACAAAGUCAAACAGAUCUUGCCCGGAUGAUAGUGAUGCUUUACAAGUAAGAAUUGGAACAGGUGAUGUAUUAUAUGCUGGAACAGAUUCUCAAGUUAGUGUUGUUCUGCGUAUUGAAAAUGGUGUUAUUUGUCAAGUCUUGGAUUUGAAUAAUUCUAGUAAUGAUCGUGAACGGCAUAUCUUCGAUGAAUAUGAAAUUUGUUGUUCAAAAGAAUUCAAUCAAGAUGAUGGGUUAACGAUAGCAGCUUUUGCUCAAUUACCAAAAGGAAAUUUUGUUCCUUUUAUCAGUGAUGAUUGGUUUAUUGAACCUAUUGAAGUGCACAAGAAUAAAAAACUUCUCUUCGAAUAUUGUUUUCAUACUUGGACAUUAUUUUCAAAAUCAUGCAACUUGUGA